AGACAUCUUCCAAGACACGUGCCUCUUCGAACAUCAACAUGGGAUAUCUCCGUGAGCUCCUCUUCAGUUUCCUGCUCAUCCUUUCUGUUGUUUACGGCCAAACUGAGACCGAGCCGCCCACCACCGUGACGACCAAAUCUCCCCCCACCACUACGGUUCCAUCGACCACCACCACCACCAUCGCGUGGGAAGACACCCUGAACGAGGGCCAGGCCAUACAGAAGGCGCUGCAGUAUCUCCUGCAGCAUAGACAGCCGGAUUGGGGCUGGGGGAACGACACGCACCAUGUCAUGCUGACUCUCCAGCUGGCCAACAACACCGGCAAGGAAAUAGAGCAGCAAGGCCUGGAGAUGCAGCUCUCGGCGAAACAGAUGGAGAUCGAAAUACUUCUCAUGAUGUCCAAGCACCACGAGUCCCCGCCUCCUCUAGGCCGCCUGGCCGCCUACACCCUGGCCCUGGGUGCCCUCUGCAAGGACCCUCGCUCCUUCCACGGCCGGGACCUGGUGACCGCUCUACUUCACCGCGAACCGCCCCACGACCUGGAGUUUGCCUACGCCACCCUGGCUGCUUGCUCGUCCGCAGCACACGUGAGGAGACGGCAUAUUAGAAGGCUGUUGGAUAUCGCUAAUGCUGCUGCUGAUCAUAGCCUGGACACGAUCUCCAUGGUGAUCCUGGCGCUCCGCUGCGUUGUGCAGGACCACCGGCACCGCAGCCUCAUCCACUUCGUGCGCCGCCCCAUGGCCGGGCUGGCUCGGCAGCAACACCCAGAUGGCAGCUUUGGCAGCCUCACCACUACUGCCUUGGCUAUACAGGCUUUAGAAGACUCCGACAGCGGCCCAGGUGCCCACCAGCACUGGAGCCUCCCAGCGGCUAGGAAGUGGUUGCUAGAGCGUCAGAACCCUGACGGAGGAUGGGGAGACGUGGCCAAGACGGCUGCAGCAGUAGCAGCGCUGACACCGGCCUCGCUGGCUGCUGUGCGGCCUCCACACUGCAGCGAUAAGCUGCUGGAGAGCCGGCACGAGCCUUUAGACAGCAACGGCGGCGACGGCAGCCUGAAGCUGGCUUACCAAUCGGGCCAGAGCAGCAACGACUCCGACGCUCGCAAUGUUUCGUUCACCUACACGCUGUGGCUUGGAACCAACGUCACGGAGAACUUCACGCUGCACAUGGUCGCUCCUAGAAACAUAUCAUUCUACCACGUAAUGCAAAUGGCUGCGGACCAAAACCCGAAGUUCAAGUUCGAAGCGAGCGAGUGGCCCAACGGUCACUACGUCCACACCCUGGCCGGACACAAGGAGGAGCCUAUGGGCUACCACUACUGGUUGUUGUACCGUCUGCCGGAGAUCCCCGACCCUGCUAGCCCUCCAGGGAACCAGCUCGUCGCUCCUGUUGGUGUGGACGACUUACUAGUCGAAGAUGGUGAGCACUACCUGUUCUGGUACAAGAAGCUGUAACUCCAUCAGCCUUCGAGCGACUCUUUAAUUUUCUACGUAGUGUUCUCGUUAAAGUUCCAGCAAUACAUACAUAAAUACGGUUAGAGGUAUCAACGGUCUGUGUAGUGAUUAAGUCUACAUUAGCAAAAAAUUGCUUGCGCACCUCUUACAGUUGUUAGUGUUGCCAGUUAUUGACACUUAACUACUACCGUGGAUAUUUUCGUUUGGUAGUUUUCAGCCAUAUUUUAAUGUAGCAACACAAGCCAUAAUUUAAAGAAGGAUUUGCUUAGUUAUUACUUGGUACUCUAGGUGAUAAGACUAAUUGAAAUUUAGAUUGUCUCCUUUCCCCUAAGGCCACUGCGUUGAGUGUGAUCCAUCAUGAAGUCGAAAAUAGUCUGGUUACGACAUACAGGGCAACUUCGAAACGCUGUUUACGUAGUUUCUAUCUGUCACCGUCACUCAUGCUGGUAUCUCGCUUGGCGUGAAAGAGCUGGCAAGAUUCGAAACUUCGGAUAUUAAUUUUCGACAUACAAAGACUUAAGUGGUGGUAAAGCCCGGUCGCCGAGCACGUAAGAAGUUCGUCCAACCGCGACAGCAAUAUACCUAAUUACGCGCGAACGAUAAGGAUGGGUAGCCUGGGGUCAUUGGACGAAAUUCUAUGUGCUCGGCGACCGGACUAUAGCUCGCUCAACACAGCGUCUAGCCUCUCAUUGUGCUAAGUAUGAUUACCAAUAUUGUAUUUCGAGAGAUUUAGUAGGUAGAUGUUUACCCAAUUUCGUACCAAAGACUCGAUUAUUACUGAUUAUGUCCGCUAGGGAGAGCUAGUUUCUAUGUAAAUAAUGCGAUAUCCUUGACACGGAGGCAAACUUUUUGAAUGUUGAAAUAUUUCAAUCAUAUCUUAAUACAUUGUCAUAAAGGCGUAGGAAAGUAUUGUGAACUUACUGCAAAACAUUUUUGACAUAAAUAUUCCAAACCAACAAUGUUACUACUGUAUUUUAAGGAAAUAGUAAACCUUCAAAAUAUUUCUCGUUACUUUAAUUAGACCAAAACUUGUAUCUUUUGUCCAACAGAUGUCGCUAGUGAUCAUUUUUAAUUUUGAUUGUUUUCGAUAACAUUUUAAUUUAUAAUUACGUUUUUGUGAGACAUGUACGAAUAUAAGUGAUAUUAAUAAAUUAUCGUCAUAAUGUAACAAGUGCAAUACCUAUAAUAAAUUAGGUUUUUUCAGGACCUGUAAUUAUUUAUUUAUUUCUAGUUCUAAAAGCAGUAGAGCAAAUAAUUUUCUGCAUGCGAUAGCCUCCAGCAUGUAUUUAUAGCUCUUAGAGAUGAAACUUUUAA